GAGCACAUGCUUGUCGUAUCUACAACAAAUAUAGCAUUAAGGAAAUCCGUCACAAUGCGCUUAACCGAGCUCAGUUAGACAGUCCCCAUACCCCAGCACAGGAGUAAGGGUGUUGAUUUUCUUUUUGUUUUAAAGGAGUAUGUGCAUUUAGCAAGAGAAUCUCGAAAUAAGCGAGAUAAUUCAUCAAUAUGGACGAUACUUUAAGUAUCGGUGACAUUGUGUGUCUCUAUUCGGAGGAAUCGCUCGGAUAUGUUUACUCUUCACAAACAAGCACACUCCACUCCGAAAUAGCAGUAGGGUCAAGGCAAGACAGAGUUCGACCAGAAAUUCCAGACCAACACAUCGUUUCUUUUGAAGUAUGCGUUGCCAACAGAUACAAACUAAACAAGAAAUAUCGCAAACUUUGCAUCAAGUCUGAAGAGGAUCCAGAAAGCCUCUCCCUCAAAAACUCUGUUGCACAAGCCAAGAUAGCAGCUCACGCUGAAGAAGAGGACAAUGCGCUGGAACAGAAGAGGCAGCUGAGCAAGAAGGUCCUGUAUGGACAAGUUAUACAGCUGCGCCACUUGUUCACAGGGAAGUAUGUCCACGUCAGCACCACCAAGACCUCCCAGACCGAGAGCAACAACAUGGCGGUUGACCUGUUACAUGGAAAUGCCAAACAUGCUCAGUUCCGGAUCAUGCCCAGAUACAAGGUCAAGGCUGAGGGUGAUGUGGUCCAGAUUGAUGACCAGAUUGUGUUGGACAGCAUCAAAUCUUCUGGCCAGUUCUUACAUGUCAGUCGGAUUCUGCUGGGCGCCAGCUCUGUUUACCACAACAGCUAUGAGUUGAACCUGUCUGUGCGGCAGUCCGGCUUCACCGUGUACAGGAAGCACAAGCCCUCCACUGAGGAUGAGAACAAGGUCAAGGUGGGCGAUCUCAUCAGAUUCUACCACAAGGAGAUGGAAGCCUACCUCGUAGCUGAGGGUCUGUUUAAUCAUGAACUCACAGAAGAUGUUCAUCUCAGGAUGCGUCCAAUUGACCAGGCCAACCCAAAGACUAUGUUCCCCAGCAGCUCAGCAGUGACUUACUGGCAGAUUGAACUUCAGGAAGGGCCAAUCACAGGUGGAGUACUGAAAUGGGAACAGCAGUGUCGCAUCAUCCAUAUGUGCACCCGGAAGUACCUCACAGUGAAUGACAAGAGUCAAGUGACCUUGACCUCAGAUUACCUUGACCCCAACACUGUAUUCAGGUUACAUGCAGUUAUCAGGCUUAUGGACAGCGAUGAUAUUCCCUUUGAGAGCUAUUGUCGUAUUGAACAUGUGGUCACAGGGCACUGGCUGCAUGCUCUCACCGAGGAGUACAUGUGGAAGCAGCGAGCCAAACUGGAGGAGGACAAGGAUAAUUCCAUGGGUGCCCUCAAAUACAGCACGGCUCAGCUCAAGAAGCAGCACAGUGGGACGAAGAUGAAAAUCGAGGCUAUUCGAGAGAAGCAGUACGAUGACGCCUUCACGCUACAAGCAGUGGACACUGAACUUGUUGACAUCUUCCACUACAUGGCCGGAAUGGUUCCUUUCAUCCAGAAACUAGUCAAGGAUAAAAAAGAGGAUGUUAUCCUGAAUGCCAAGUCUGCUCACACUGUUAUAAUGGCGCUGUCAGAGAUGAAGAAGUUCAUGGUUGUGGACAGUGUGCCAAACAAGCGUCGUCAGAAGCUGAUGAGAAAUCUCAGGAUUGUGGAGCUGCUUGUGAGUCUCCUCCAGAUUGUCUGUAUAUAUGCCCAGUGGAAAGGAUGGCAUCUGACCAACAUCUUCGUGGAAGCGUACGAUGUUCUGUACACGUACCAUGGGGACAGUCGCAAGAACGAGCUGUACAUUGCCAAGUACAUCGACUUCUUCCUCACACAGUUCGAGUACAAGGAGGGCAAGAUUGGUCUGAACGCCGCCCACAUGGUGAUGGAGCUGAUCCGAGACAACCGGAAGAUUGUGGACAGGAUUACUCACGAACACAUCGACAAGUUCAUUGAUCUUCUACACACGGACAAGAACUACCGGUACCUGGAUCUGCUGAGUGUUCUGUGUGUGUGUGACGGAGUCUCCAUAGCAGACAACCAGAAGUACAUCACUGAAGUGUGGCUCAUGAGGCAAGACAAGAACUGUUACCUGACCGACCUCGGGGAGAAGAUUCAGAAGGAUGGCGGCAUCGUGUACGUGUCCACAAACAAUGGGAGGAUGUGGGAGAAGCUGAGGGACUUCGCCAGUGAAUCAGCAGAGGAGAAGUACUUGUUUCUGGAGCAUCAGCUGGAGCUGUUUGGGAUGCUGUGUCAUGGUCAGAAUGAUUUUGCUAUAGACGUGAUCACCAACAAGCUCAACUAUCUGACAUGGGAGGAGGCCUUCACCUGCCUCUGUGACGAGAGACUCCCAGACAGACUCCGAGCCAAGUAUUGCGAGCUCAUCAUCACUCUGUUUGUUGACAUCGGUGACAACAUCUCAGUGGUGGACCGUGUAAAGCUGUCCUACAUCUACGACGACAUUGACCAGACAGAGGAAAAGCAUGAUAAGGACACAUACGACAAGUCUGGUUCUCCUACGUACAAGUAUUUCCCCAAACUGAGAGACUGGAUCUCUCAUUUCCUGGGCACCAAUGGUGACAUGACGGCAUCCGAGGUUGGAAACAACCUGCUUGUUGAACAGGUGCUGUGUUUGGUGCACUUCCUGGUCAAGUAUGGCUUCUAUCAUAAGUCGGUGGACAUCGAGAAGCUCCUAGUGCCACUCAUGAGUCUACUGGAUGGACGCAACGACAAGCCGUACCCCAACAUGCAAGGUAAAGAGGCAGAAGAAGUUUCGAAGUAUUUCAAGAAAAUUGAACGAUUCAAAAGAAGUCCGGAGACAAAGGCCAUUGUAGAUGCCAAAAUACAGGCCCUGGAGGUGUUGAACCUGUUCUUCAACUUCAUCUUCAACCUGAGAAUGGAGAAAUUCAUGAACAUGUUCAAAGUGACACACCAUCAGUCAGUCCACACGAACAUGCCCCAGCCAGAGUUAUGGCCCUUGCUGAACGAGUCGUUUCAAAUUGAAGGAAACCACAGUACCAUGCCGCCCAGUGUUUCAAAAUCGGCUUUGAAGAAGCUGAAAGAAAUUUUUGAUGAAACUGCCUUCUUCAGGAAUUAUGAAAUGACAGAGAUUUUAUUGGAUUUGUCUCACUACGAGUAUGAUGAGAUUGUCAGGAAGUCCAUGCACCUCCUCAACAGGUACUUCUCGGCCCAUCACAAUCUGUUCAGUCGAGCUGUACAGGCACAGGUGCUGAUCACAGAUAAAUCGGUGGACAUCGUGAGGCAGCUGGAGAAGUUGAUCGUGAGGCACACUGGAAGUUGCUGUCUCGCUCGCCACGCCAAACUCUCCAUGGAACAGACAGAGGAACUGUCUGCAUAUAUUGACAUCCUCACUGGGAUGUGUCACCUGGAGGGAGAGACUGAGGAGAACCACAUGAUGAACCAGAACGUCCUCUACAACCACGGAGUGCUGGAGGAUUGUCUGACCAUUCUGUCUCAGGAGAUCGACGUCAAACUGCUGGACCAGUAUGGCGGACUGAGGCAGGUCUUCAAGAAGACCUUCACCCUACUCAAGUUCAUGGCUCGCAACAACAAGCAGGUUCAAGGUCGCUUGUUUGGUCUGGAGAUGCUGUUGUCAAAGGAUGGUGCCCCAGCAGAACUCGCGGAUUGCAUCACAGAGGUGUUUACAGGUAACUCCAACACCUGUAUGAAGAUCUACAGUCACCAGGUGCAGAAGAUCAUGGGUCUUGUUGCCAAGCACCGAUCUAGGGUUCCACAGUUCCUUGACCUUCUCAAUGCAAUCGUCAAGGUCGAGGAGCUUGACCUUCCACUCAAACGGAACCAAAGUUACGUGAUGACCUACUUCAUGCAACAUAGAUCAGACAUUGCAACUGUCAUCGAUCAGUCAGAAAGUGAGAGAGAAAAGAUUCUGGUGUCAUCUGGAUCAGAGGAACUGAACUAUCUGAUCGCCAUGGUGGACCUGCUGGCUACCUGUGCUGAGGGUGAGAACCGCUUCAUUGAGUCAAUCUGUCAGACCAUUUUCAAAAUCCCAGACCUCCUGAAGGUGCUCAACAACAGCAUGAUCAACGACAACCUCAAGAGACCAUUCCUCCGCUUCCUGCUGUGGGUGUACAUGAAUACCGCCAGCGGAAUGAUAGAGAGCGGAGCAGGAGACCUGCCCCACGACAGGAAUCUGUGGGGGUACCUGGACAGUUUGAAUGGUGCACUGAAGAAAGCCACAGACUACGCGAUGGCCAACCCAGACCUGGUCAAGCAGCUACUCAAACGCCCUCCAGCUAAGAGUACAACUGCUAGAAUUCAAACAGCCAGAGGAGAACGGAGCCGGUCUGGAGCGGAAGAGAUGAGAGGAAGUCUGCACUAUCUGUUUGAUGCUGUCAUGCCAUUCCUGCAGGUGUUCUGCCGAAGCUACUACCAGCCAGACACCUGCCCAUUCCCUGAGGAGGCCAAGGAGCCAGAGAGGCUGUCGACACUGACCAAGUCCCUGGAGGCGUUCUUGGAUGCCGUGGCGCCACACAUCAGCAUUCAAAGACAAAUGAAACUUCUCAUCAAUGCCAUGACUUCCAUCAUCACAGCGUCCGGUGCCGUCUCAGUCACUAAAAUGGAGGAGUUUCAUGAGAAGUACGGAGGUGGCUUGGGAUCUCAGGAUGUCCGCAGUGAAGCCAGGAAGAGGUACGCCGACUACUUCGAUGGAGAGGAGGACAUCAACCUGAAACUGAACGUGUUUGCCGUCAACAUGCACCUUGCCUACGGGGGAGUUAAUGAUGUCCAGACUCAGAUUGGCUUUCCCAGUAGAGAAGAAUACUCUGAGAUUGGAGGAGAUGAGGAGCUCCCGUUGGGGAUCGAGUUCCAAGAGCACCUGCGCUGCUUCAUUGACCCCUAUGCAAGGACCCCCGAGGCCAAGUACAGGAUGGCUGAGAAACUAGUCAAACAGCUGUUCAUCUCGGCAACGUUGAACAACCUGAGCGAGAAGGAGAAGAUUGAGCAGACGGAGCUGGAUGAGAAGUGCCUGCAGCUCCUGCGUGGCCUCAUCCACAACGAGAUCAUCAAGCUGCCCCUCGACUGGGAGCUCAACACCAAGGGCAAUAAAAAGCAGCUGAAGGUGAUUGAGUCAGUCCAGUUUGCUCUCAACUCCUACAAUGUGAUAGAGAGCACACUCAACCAUCUGUCUCGACCCCAGGACAACAUCAUACGAGAGUUACUGGCCUUCCUUGCAGUGCUGCUGUUCGGGGAAACCAAGCAGUACAGUUUGAUUGCCUACUUCACUGGUACUCGAGAGGAAACGUUCUUUUUUGCCAUCAAGAACCGCAUGCAGCUAUCCAGCAUUGCAACUCGGGAGAAACGUCUGCUCCAUGCGAUGCACCGCGCGAAGGUUGAGGAGAUGGUGGCCCAGACCAAGGCCCUCCAGAAGGCAAUGAAGGCCGGCAAUGUGAAGGGCAUGGACCUGAUGAUGGCCAACCAGCUUGGAUCUAUGCUAUCUCUUGCCAAACAUUCCAUGGUCAACCUUCGAAAUCCGAUGGGGUCUCGUGGCUCCAUGAAGCGGCCAAUCAGCCGAGCAAGUCGGAUGAGUGGGGGGAAGGGGGGAAACACCCUGAUGAUCCCCCAGGGUCUGGGUCCCCCCAAGGUUGCUGUCAACGGCAGCUCAAUGAAUGGGCUAAGUGGUCCACCACCAACCAAAAUGGAAGUCAGCAAGGUCAAGUCCAAGAAGAAGUCAGAAGUGGCGCCACUUGAUGAGGUGGACAUCAAAAUAGAGGACAUGGACGAAGAGGAACUGAUGGCCUUGACAAGUGCUGCCAUCUCAAUGUCAGAUGAGCUGGACUUCAAGGACGAUGGUUUUAUAGAACUUGUGUUACGUGUGCUCGGACUUAUGUGUGACAAUCAACACAAGGGCCUUCAGAACUACCUCAGGGAACAACCGGACAAUAUCAAGUCUGUGAAUCUAGUUGCCGAGACAACAAGGUUCCUCAAUAUAUUGUAUUCAAGUAUUUCGGACAAGACGGCACCACUUUUAGUGCAGUUGUUUGACACGCUUGUGGAAUACACAUCGGGUAACUUCCAGAACCAGUCUAUAGUGUUUGACAACAAGAUCUCUUGAAAGUACAUCAACCACAUACUCAGAGUAGGGUACAAGAACUGCUCGCUAGAACAGGUGUACACCCUGAAGAAGUCAAUCGCAACUCUGAUUAAAUCUCUGACAGAAGAAAACCCACCAGAGAGAGAUGACGAGGAGGAUGUACUCGCAAAGUGUAAGUCACAUGGUUGUAAACAGCCAAUCAGAGCACUACAAGAUAGUGAUGAUGUCGCAAGCUAUGCCAGAACUGUUCCUGAUCUGUCUUCCAACUACACCAGACCUACCCCUCAACUAUUCCACAACUUUGCCAGACCUCUAACAGACCACUCAUCUCAAAGCAGUGACAUUAGAUUCCGUCGGCCGACGUGUUGGGAGGUGAUGGAGUAUCUUGACAGUGAUUCUGUUGUACAAGCCAUGGUGGUAGCAUACGGUGACAUCAAGGAUACUUCUGCCAUGCAUGUCAGAGAGAGAACAACGGAAACAGCCCAGCUUGCCAACCUGGUGAGUGACGUCGGCUUUGCGUACUACCACAUCCUGUGUCGCAUGAUGGAUCUUCACGAGGAGAUCACUAAACCCAUGCUGAUCAAGACACCAGAGAGUGAGAUUGCAUGGACCUACUUCUUUGACAACACCCUUUCCAUUGAGGUUCUGAAGGAAGACAUCCUCCAGAAGAUCUACUUCCAUGUCAAAGACAAGAACGUACUCCGUGAGGAAAUUAAGGAAAAGUUCAAGUAUGAUGUGGACAGGUCAUCGCCUAGCAACAAGCUGCGAGACUUCAUGGAUUGGUCUCAAGACAUUAUCGCAGACAUCAAGUACCAGCGGAAGGUCCAUGCAAACCCUAUGGCCCGUUUGUUUGUCCAGAGCUGGCCAUGGGUGAACAUACUAGUGAUGAUCGUGUCUGUCGCUAUUGCCUUUCUCGUAUUGGUCACAUGGCAAGAGAACCCUGCCAACGCUGCAGAUGCUGUCCCCAGAACAGACAAAUGGACUGGCGCCUACUACAUGACCUUCAUCCUCGGUGGCAUCCACAACAUCCUCUCCCUGAUGAUCGUCAUCAGCUACUUCAUCUCCAACCACCCACCUUCCAGGGAUAAAGGACUUCAAGGCUGUGGAAAACGUUCUGCUUCUAGGAUGAUCACACCCAAACGGAUCCAUUCGAAGGUCGAAAAUGAGGAGGAGGAACAGAAGAAGGGCGGCCAUCUUGAAGUGAAGUUUUUCGGGUUUCUCACGUUCUACUACAUUUGCUUCCUGGGCUUCUCAGUGAGCGGCACCGCCCUGUACGGCUACUUCUUUUCCCUGCACCUCCUCCACAUGGCGAUGCUCAACCAGCUGCUGAAGAGGGUGAUCCAGGCCGUCACACGCAACGGUUGGUCUCUGGUUCUGGUAGCGCUGCUCGGGAUCGCCAUCAUGUACAUCUUCUCCCUAGUCAGCUUCGCUUUCUAUAGGAAUGUCCUCACCGCAGCGGACGGACGUCACUGCCGCACCAUCUACGAGUGCCUCACCACCAUGAUUCACCAUGGUCUCAUUGAAGGGGUGUAUAAUGUGAUGGAACCUUCCUUGGCUGGAAGAGAUUACCAUUUUCACCUGGGUGUGACUGUGUUCGACACCGUCUUCUUCAUCCUUAUCACCACCAUCGGCCUCAACAUCAUCUUUGGUAUCAUCGUGGACACCUUCUCUGAGCUUAGAGACAAUAAGUGGCAAAUCGACCAUGACAUGAAGUCAAACUGUUUCAUCUGCAGCCGGGAAAGCUAUGACUUCGAACGUCAAGCAGGGGGUUUCGAGAAGCAUGUGAAGACAGAACACAACCAGUGGGCGUACCUCUUCUUCUUCAUCCAUCUGGAUGAGACGAGGCCCAAUGACUACACUGCCCUGGAGCUUUUCAUUGCAAAUUUGCUGGAGAAGAACAACUUUGACUUCUUCCCGUUGAACCGAGCAAUGAGCCUGCGCCACGAGGAAGACAGCAGUGAGAAGAAGCUGGAGACACUGAUGGACCAGGUGGACUACCUCGUCAACAAGAUGAAGGAGGAGGAGGCGACCAAGGAACGAGAUAAGGAGAAACAGAGACAGUUGGAGUGGGAGGCCAAACACAAGACAGGCAAGAAGUAAACCACAUCACACAGCUGGAGAUCGUCAUGCCAAGAAAACGUCAUGCUGAGAUAGUGUCAGGCUGAGAUAGCACAUGCUGAGAUAGUGUCAGGCUGAGAUCUCUAUCAUCUUGUGAUGUAAUGUCAUGCAAAAUAAAUGUCAUACUGAGAUUAUAUGCAGAGAUAAUAUCAUGCUGAGAUACCGUCAUGCCAAGAAAACGUCAUGCCGAGAUCUCGUCAUGCCAAGAGUGUGCCAUGCUGAGAUAGUAUCAGACUGAGAUAAUGUCAGACUGAGAUCUUGUCGUGUAGUAAAAUGUCAUGCUGAGAUAAUAUGCGGAGAUAAUGCAUAAAUAUUGUCAUGUCGCAAUAUUGUCAUGUAGAGACAAUGUCAUGCAGAAAUAUUGCAAUAUUAUCAUGCAAAAAUAAUGUCAUGCUGAAACUCUGUAAUGUACAUAUAUUAUGUUUAUUUUAAUGUGGAGAAAGAGAAUAUGUGCUAAUGAGAAGUGUGAUAUGUCAUGCUGAGGCAACGUUAUUAAUGGCGUCAUACUCAGAUAUUUCUGUCAGGAAUUAUUGUCAUGGUGAUUUGAUUCCACUAACAAAUAUUGAUGUGAUGUAAUAUUGGUGAAAAUGCUGAAACUCCAUGCGUGUGUGGUUAAUAUCUAUAUUAGUACAGCGAGAACAAAGACGUCUACAAAAUAACAGCUUUAUAAAGAUGAUACUGUUAGCUCUAUAAAGUCCAAACUGACUAUUACUUGACAAUAAAAUGUCUGCAGAUUUUUCCAGAAAAGGUAGAAAUAGAAUUGGUAUUGACUCUUUCAUGUUUUUUUGUCAACAAACAAAACCUUUUGUGUCCAAUCUGAUUAACAUGAAGCUUUAAGGUUUGGUAGGAUUAAAUUCAUAUUGUGUAUUUCCUACUGUGGAGCAAGAAAGAAUUCACAUUACGAUUUUCUUCAUCUUGAGAUACUUUGGGACAAUUAUUUUAGUUGAGGAGGAUGACUAGAGUGAAGCAUGUGAAAUGACAAUCUUAUACCGGUCAUUGAAUCAUUAGGGCCAAAGACAUGUACAGAAAACGUACUACAUUGAAAGGAUGUUGUGUUGUAAUAGUGCUGAACGUGUAUUGUGUUCCUGUUGACUUUAUCCAGUAUUACAAAUACAUUUUCUACUGAAUGUGGCUCAGAGUUAAUAUGAUGUUAUCAAUGUCAGCAUUCCAGGUUUGUGUCUAUAUAUACUGUUACUGUGUUUUAACUAGUUUAUUUCGUUUCUCAGAAACUGUUAUUACUUGUAUAUAUACAUUUAUGUAAGUAUAUAUUUAUUAUUUAUAGAAGAAACAUGAAGUUCCCAAUGUUUGUUUCUUUUCUUAAAGCACACUGACGACUGGAUACAUUUCUAGAUAUGAAAUAGAGAUACCAGUUUUGUUUUUUCAAGUCUUUCAGAAUGGUUUGUUUAUGUAGAUCUGUGUGUAAAUAAACUUUGGUUGUGUAUGUAUUUUGACCACUGUGGUCACCCAGGCCUAAAGCUUACUGUGAUAUAUAGCCUGUUAUAAAGUAUAUAUUCUCCAUUGCUACGUGUGUUCUGCUAUGUGUAUACAAGGACUGAGGUGUGUAGGUCUUAGCUGUUUUGUGCAGGAUCAAUUGCAAGUUCGGUAUGCACAUCAGCUUGAUGUUGGAAAAAAACAAAGUGACUACCGUCACAGAUGUGACUGUGGUAAAACCUAUGGGCUGGUACACCCAGAACAAGGAUCAUGGUUUAAUUCAGUGAAUCCUGACAUGGCAAAGGGAGGCAACUACAAACAAAAAUUGCAAUUGUUGGAUUUUCUGAAAACUUUUGUACAUUGGAACAAUGAGAAUGGAUGUUUAUAAAAAAUAUUCCAUUCACUCGCUGUGGUUGUGUUACAUUCACUCGCUGUGGUUGUGUUACAACUCUCUUGCAACGACACUUUAUCAUGUUACUCUUCUAUAUGUCAAAAUCUUCUGUGUUUUAUACAUGUAUGUUUCUAUUGUGUGGAGUAAAUGUUGACGUUUAAGAUACUGUUUGUGUCUCUCAUGAUAUGUGGCAGGUUUAACUGAGAUAUGAUAGACUUGUUUCCAUGGUGUAAAUUUGUAAUAAGCAUGUGAUAUAUUUGUUUACAUUCUUUGAAUUUAAAAUUGUUUUAAUACAUGUAAUAUAUUUGAUUUCAUUUAAUGAAUUUAAUCAUGUUUUAAUGCAUGUCAUAUUUUUAUAGAUCUUUAUCAGUUUUCGUCAUAUGUUUUAAAUACUUUUCAAAAGAAUCUGUUUAUCUGAAAUAAGUUGGCAAGUAAUGUACAAGGGAGGUUGUGAUUGGCUGGGUUAGUGUAAAUUGUGACCCAAUCAGCCCUUUGAACACCUGGUGUCUUCACUUAUUUUCAGUGAUCUAUUCAUAGAUUUUCAAUAUUGUGAUUUUUAUUCCCAAGCGCAGUCCAUUUCAUUAAAUAAGUGAAACUGGGCUUUUCCUGACGUAGUGAAGGUUCCAACUCAAUAUUCCCAGUCAAAAAAGAAACUCUAAUCUUUCUGGUAAUGUGGAUGCCUUGCUUUGCUUGAUCCAUAAAAAUAGAUCAGUGCAUUAAAUCUUGUCAUAACAUUUGGUGGACAUGUUCCCUGUUACUUCUGCAAUAAGACCUAGUUAGAAUUUUGAUAUUGUAUUUUAUUGCAAUUUGUUUAUUGACAUAUGUUUAUUAAUUGGCAAUCAAUUAUUUUUGUAAUUUUGUACAGCUGUAUACAACCUCAAGGUUUAUUUAAGGUUUGGAAAAGUCUUUAUGAUUUAAUGCUUUAAAAUAUAUAAAUGAGAUUUACUGACAGCUUGCCUGUUUUCUUUCUCAAAUUUGGAAGUUUGGACCUUUAUCAUGAAGUUCAUAGUGACGCUCAUUGAUCGGAAUUUCACAGAAAAAUGUAGCAGUCAUCAAGUUUUGACCCACGAUGAUGUUUAGACCUUAAUUACUUCUAAAAAGUUCUGCUUUGUGGAAUAGCAUGGUCAUGACAGUUUGACAUUUUCAGUUCACCUAAAACCAUCUUUCCUGCAAACUAGUAUUCAUAUCCCUAAGAAGACGUUUUGGAAAAUGAAAAGGGUGUGAAAUUUUCAAACAGCUGGUCUUUGAACUUCCCAUACCUGUAAGGUUUGGACGUCUGACACCAUCGAAAACAGAGGCAGUGCUAAAGGAAGUGUCAAAAAAGAGAAUGUAACUGAACAGAUCAGUUAAUUUUUUUCGUAAUGAUUUCUAUACCAGUUGUUCUUGCCUAACAGGGUGCAGAUCUAGUUGACCUUGACCUUGACCUUGACAUUUGCUGUACCAAUUAAUGACCCAUCCUUGAUGAUCUCCAGGGUAUACGU